AUCUUUGCCACCCCACUGGUCCGAAAACUGCAGAGUGAAGUUGAGGAAGAAAGAAAAAAAAAGGUUUAAGCGAUAAAGGAAGGGAAGAGAAAAUCAAGAACGACACACACAACACAGGCAUGUUAACUGCCGUGUGAUUUAAAGCGCCUUUGGUAUUCGAUUCGAAGACCAAUUCAAUUCACGGCAGCAGGAUGGCCGGCGGUAACCAUCCCAAGUCUUCCUCAUCCUCCCACCGCAAAACCCGCUGGGAGUCCAACACCUCCGCCACCCCCACCAACACCAAAUCCCCUUCCGAUCCCAAAUCCAAACCUAACCAUAAUAAUCCCAACUCUAACCCCAACCAAAAACCUAACCCUAAUCCCAGCCCCAAACAACACCCAAACGAUCACCCUGCCCUAAUCCCCUUUCAAUUCCCUGAACCCGGUCCACCUCCUCCUCCGGCCUACGGCUUCCACAUGCUCGAACGGCGAACCAUCAUCCUCGCCGACGGCAGCGUCCGAUCGUAUUUCGCUCUCCCCCCUGAUUAUCAGGAUUUCGCCCCUCCACCUCGCCCCCUCGACCGCUUCAAUAUGCGGUUCCCUCCCGUCGUCCGUCACCCUGAUUACCAGAACCCCAUGGAAGCCUCAUCGGCGAAGAGGAAGUACGGCGAAGAAGGUAGGGAUGAAUUCGCCAGACAACGGGAGCAGCUUUUGCGUAAUGCUAACGGGUUUGCUAAUAGGGUACCUGGUGGUGAGUUUCCUGUGGGUCCCAGUGGUCCUCUUAAGCGAGAUAUGAUGGAAUCAAUUGAUUUGAGACCUUCAAAACAUUCAAGGGUUGAUGGGGUUGGUAGUGUUAAUAAUAAUGCUAGGCAUGUGCAGGUUGCUCAAGAUGCUUUGAAGAAAGCGUUUCUUCAAUUUGUUAGGUUAAUUAAUGAUAAUACCUUGCUGAAGAAGAGUUUCUUGGAGGAUGGAAAGCAAGGGAGGCUUCAAUGCGUCGCUUGUGGGAGUGCCGGUGGCAGUAACAGGUCCGCUAAAGAUUUUUCAGAUAUGCAUGCUCUCAUUAUGCACACGUACAACUCAGAUAAUGCUGAUUUAAGUGCUGGUCAUUUGGGAUUACACAAAGCUCUGUGUGUCUUAAUGGGAUGGAAUUACUCAAAGCCUCCUGAUAACUCAAAGGCAUAUCAGUUUCUAUCUGCUGAUGAAGCAGAAGCAAACCAGGAUGAUCUGAUAAUGUGGCCACCCUUGGUGAUCGUCCACAACACCAAUACAGGAAAAAGUAGAGAUGGUCGUAUGGAGGGUUUGGGAAACAAAUGGAUGGACAAUAAAAUUAGAGAGCUCGGAUUUGCGGGUGGCAAAUCAAAGGCAUUAUAUGGAAAAGAUGGUCAUUUGGGCAUCACACUGGUUAAGUUUGCUGGGGACAAAUCAGGUUUGGAGGAGGCCAUUCGUCUUGCAGAACACUUUAAGAAGGAAAAUCAUGGACGCAAGGAUUGGGCUCGUGUGCAAGCCCAAACAUUAGGAAAGGAUGAUGAGAAUAAUCCGAACCUUGUUAAGGUUGAUGAGAAAAAAGGAGAGAAAAUGAGGGUUUUGUAUGGCUAUCUAGGGACUGCUUUUGAUCUUGAACAAGUUGAUUUUGACACAAGGAAGAAGGUAGUCAUAGAAAGCCGGAGGGAAUACAAACCCUCCAUGUAGUUUCUGGACUAUGCAUACAUGAUAAUUUGUGGAUUGUUCUUGGAUGAAAUAUUUCCUGUUGCAUUAAUAGUUCUAAUUUCUGAAGAUGAUAAAGCUUUAUUUUAUAUGUUGUACUGACCGUUUCGAUGUACAAUAGGAGGUUUGCUCAACAAAAAGUGUACAAUAGGAGAGGGAAUGUUGCCAAUAAUUUUUAUUCUUGAUUUUUCUUGCUGUGGUUAACUGUAGAAAUUAGGAAGAUUUGUUUGCCUUUCAACCAUGUCACAACCUGGAAGGCAUUAAUUUUCCUGUCUACUGUAAAGCCAAUUGACUAGAAUUAGAAGUCUUUGGUUAUGUCCUCUCUUUCCACCUUAUUGGGUGGGGACUGUUUGUGUACAUUUCAAUUUAUCUUUAUUUCUUUUUGUUGCAGUAGCAAUUUGUACCUAUGGUUUCCUGCAAACCCUAUAAAUCUCUAGGGCGUUAUGAGCUUA